AUGAUCCCCAGACAGCAGGGCGCCCGCGGCUCCCGGGCCUUCAGCUGCGGCUCCGCCGUGGUCGGAGGGGGCAGGCGGGCCGCAUUCAGCUCGGCCUCCGUGUCCGGGGGCGCGGGCCGCUGCUCCUCCGGGGGCUUCGGCAGCAGGAGCCUCUACAGCCUUGGGGGCAGGAAGAGCAUCUCCAUGAGCGUGGCCGGGGCCCGCCAAGGCGCUGGCUUUGGGGCUGCUGCCGGUUUUGGUGCCGGCAGCUUCGGGGCAGGUUUUGGAGCCGGCAACUUCGGUAGUGGAUUUGGGGGUUCCUUCAGUGGACGGGGUGGCCCUGGCUUCCCCGUGUGCCCUGCCGGAGGGAUCCAGGAGGUCACCAUCAACCAGAGCCUGCUGACCCCCCUCCACGUGGAGAUUGACCCCGAGAUCCAGAAGGUCCGGACGGAGGAGCGCGAGCAGAUCAAGACGCUCAACAACAAGUUCGCCUCCUUCAUCGACAAGGUGCGGUUCUUAGAGCAACAGAAUAAGGUCUUGGAGACCAAGUGGAGCCUCCUCCAGCAGCAGACGACCACCACAUCCAGCAAAAACCUUGAGCCCCUCUUUGAGGCUUACCUUAGUGCCCUGAGGAAGCAGUUGGAUACCUUGGUCAAUGACAAAGGACGCCUGCAGUCUGAGUUGAAGACCACACAGGACAGCGUGGAGGACUUCAAGACCAAGUAUGAAGAUGAGAUCAACAAGCGUGCAGCUGCAGAGAAUGACUUUGUGGUCCUCAAGAAGGAUGUGGACGCUGCCUACAUGAACAAGGUGGAGCUGGAGGCCAAGGUGGAUGCUCUGAAUGAUGAGAUCAACUUCUUGAGGGUCCUCUUUGCUGCGGAGCUGUCCCAGAUGCAGACACAUGUCUCAGACACAUCCGUGGUCCUGUCCAUGGACAACAACCGGGACCUGGAUUUGGACAGUAUCAUUGCUGAGGUCCGUGCGCAGUAUGAGGAGAUUGCCCAGAAGAGCAAGGCUGAGGCUGAAGCGCUGUACCAGACCAAGGUCCAGCAGCUCCAGAUCUCUGUUGACCAACAUGGUGACAACCUGAAGAAUACCAAGAAUGAGAUCUCAGAGCUCAACAGGAUGAUCCAGAGGCUGCGGGCUGAGAUUGAGAAUGUCAAGAAGCAGUGCCAGACUCUGCAAGCAUCGGUGGUUGAUGCGGAGCAGCGUGGGGAGCUGGCCCUCAAAGACGCCCAGAGCAAGUACAAAGAGCUGGAGGCCGCCCUGCACCAGGCCAAGGAGGAGCUGGCCCGGAUGCUGCGCGAGUACCAGGAGCUCCUGAGCGUGAAGCUGGCCCUGGAUGUGGAGAUCGCCACCUACCGCAAGCUGCUGGAGGGCGAGGAGAGCAGAAUGUCUGGAGAAUGCCAGAGUGCCAUGAGCAUCUCCGUGGUUGGUGGUAGCGCUAGUGCCGGGGGCAUCAGCGGAGGAUUAGGAACCUGCUCUGGGUUUGGCCUGGGCAGUGGCUUUGGCUCUGGCUCCGGAAGUGGCUUUGGAUUUGGUGGUGGUGUUUGUGGCAGUUCCAGCAGCAAGAUCAUCUCUACCACCACCUUGACCAAGAGAUCCCACCGAUAG